AUGGCGCGCGUCAAACCCCCGCCAGCUCGUGGCGGGGCUGCAGCAGGGCAUCGCCAGCGUCAGCAGCAGCAGCAGCAGCAGCAGCUCAGCAGCAGCAUGGAGAGCGAUAGUUCUCCCCAUAGAGCUACUAGCAGCAAAUCAAGGGGGGCCCCCAGGGGGCCCCCAGGCAGGAGGCCCCUAACAGCAUCAGGUCGUCCUCGUGCUCAUCCAGGGGUUAAGGCAUUAAAGGAAAUUCGUAAAUACAGGAAUUCUACAGAACUGUUAAUUCCUCGUUCUCCUUUCUUUCGUCUUGUUCGCGAAGUUGCACAAAAAUUUACUCCUCCUUAUGCAGGAAUGUACAGGUAA